CCAGUUUCUCCUUUCUUUCUCACGGCCUCGCGUUCUCGUUCUUGUUCAUCUUGAUUUCUUUCCCUAUUGUCGAGCCCAGCGGAGCCCAGAGCCCCGGAGGACCCUUCUUUCGCUUGGAGAUCGGCGCGCGUCUCCAUUAAUCCACCAGCCACGGGAUCCAGCACCUGAAACAGACGUUGGCAUCGGCGGCGCAGAAAGAUACCCAGCAGCAGCUCAUUCGACGUACUCUCUCGAGCAUCCUUCCUUCACAGACGCCGCUCGAUCAAUCCGCAGACCGGGAGCGCCACCACGACAACAGACCGACGACCUGCGUCCUCGCCUAGCAUGGCCGCCAACGACUACUACCACGCUCAAAGCUCGCAUCCUCCAGCAUACCCCUCGCCAUACUACGACUACUCCUCCCGAAACGACGCUCCGUUACCGAAUCUUUCUUCUCCGACGUCGCCGUUCGACGACCGCGCACAUCCGUACCACCACGAGCUGCCUUCACACUCAUAUUCAGGAGCCAGUGGGAGGAUACACGAUCAUGCAGAUCCCUUUGAAGACCACAAUGCGAUACCGCUGAACGGUCGAAAGGCUAAGGACAAUUCCACAAACAUUGUGUCGCCCAUUGAGCCGGCCGACCAGGACGACCCAUUUGUAAGAGAUGCUGACCCGAGGAGGAAGAAGCGGCGCAAGAGCAAGGAUGGGUGGUUCAGAGGGAAGAUUACAUGGGUAGUCUACGUGCUUUCGGCGGUGCAAUUGAUCGUCUUCAUCGCGGAGAUAGCAAGGAAUGCUGUACUCACGGGCACCCCUAUCCAGAUCAAGCCGUCGUUCAAUCCGAUGAUCGGACCGUCACAAUACCUGCUCAUCAACAUGGGAGCGAGAUGGCAGCCGUGCAUGCACACGAUGCAUAAUGUGCAAGACAAUAAUGUUCAGAUAUCAUGGCCUUGCCCGAAUGCCACUUCCACCACCGGCGACAGCGUCUCCUGUCAGCUCUCAGACCUCUGCGGUUUCAGCGCCGACAAAAACCCUCGAGUGGGAGGCAGCCUUGACGAUCAGCCUGCGCCGGAUCAAUGGUGGCGCUUCAUUGUGCCAAUUUUCCUGCAUGCCGGAAUCAUCCACAUCGCCUUUAAUCUGCUUCUGCAGCUCACUCUCGGAAGAGAUGUGGAGAAAUUGGUUGGAAGCAUUCGAUUUGCUAUCCUCUACUUCGCGGCCGGCAUAUUUGGCUUCGUACUCGGCGGCAACUUCGCCGCGACGGGCAUCGCAUCUACAGGCUGCUCCGGCAGCUUGUUUGGAAUCCUGGCAAUCACGUUGCUUGACCUCCUCUACACCUGGAAAGAGCGUACCAGCCCUGUCAAGGAUCUCAUGUUCAUCUUGGUUGAUAUGGUCAUCGCAUUUGCGCUUGGACUCCUCCCGGGAUUGGACAACUUUUCCCACAUCGGCGGGUUCCUUAUGGGAUUAGUCUUGGGAGUGUGCUUACUGCGAUCACCCAGUGAGAUUGCACGUCGCAAGGACGACGUAGACGAUGUUGCAUACACCUCUGUGGCUCGUCAGGAAAAGCGCGGCGACGGGCUUCGCAGAUUCGCCAAGUCACCACUUGGUUUUUUCCAGAAACGCCGAGGAGUAUGGUGGCUCUGGAUUGCGAUCCGCGGCGCUGCUUUACUGGGCGCCUUGAUUGCUUUCAUUCUGCUGUUGAAGAACUUCUACGUUUGGAAGAACACCUGUUCGUGGUGCAAGUACUUGUCAUGCUUGCCCAUCAAGGUCGGAGGCUCGAAUUGGUGUUCUAUCGGCAACCUCAACUUCUCGCCUACCACGUCUAAGCGCGAGCUGUAG